ACAGAACACUCGAGUCUCGCACGACCAUUGUCAUAGCGCGGAUUCGCGCGUAGCAACGUAUCGCGCGAGAGGAGUUUGGACGAAGCCGAACAAACAAAGAAGAUAGGAUAAUGCUAAUUGCAUUACGCAGAAUUUCCGCGAUCGGUUCGUUUCGUGUUCGUCCAUCGGUUGAACCAUGAUCGAAUCAUAUGGUGACGUACGAAAUUGAAACGUUCGCUUCCCUUGCUUCCUAUCGCGGUCCAACGUAGAUAUCUGCGCGCGUACAAUUCCCGUUUCCUUCGUUCUUUUUUCUUAUAUUUCCUGUCUACCGGCAACCGGGCGUAUGUUCCGAUGCGGCACGUGCCAGAAAUAGACGGUAUCCCUUGUUUCGGACGCGACGCAGGGGGUGUAACGACAUUUAAACGUUCUGGAUCGGCUGGUGCAACACCCUCGGUCCUCAGUUUGCUCGAACGAGUUCGUCGAAUGCGAUCGUUGUCUCUCCCGUAAGCGUUCGGUAAAUUAUUCGUCGAGUAAUCGUCGGUCUCUGUUCCGUGUGUGCGAGUCGAUCCAACGUCUACCUCGUAACGAUGCGAAUCAAUCGUCGUUUAAUCAAUUAGAACGAUCGUAUCAAGGGGUCUGCACACGAGACGGUUUAACGAACUCGACGGACACCUACGCUUUGGUAGCGGAUACGUUUUCGCGAAAUUCUCGACAAUCGAACGCAGAAUCGAAUAAGCGGACUUAAACCGAUUCGAACGAAUCCACGACCUCAUGGGUAGAAACGGAGUCGGUCCUGUGAUCAGGAUGUCGUCUGCGAGCACUCAUGCUGCCGGAGGCGUCGAAUGUUGCUUCUGUAGGUGUUGCACGUGCAUACACAUCGAAUUUCUGAAAACUAUGCCCGGAGUAUUGAAGCUGUGCGAAACGAUUAUCAGUGGUCUGGUACAAAGCUUGCUAAUUAAUUACGGUCUGAAAUACAGUACAACGAUUGGUUCGGCUUUCGAAGGAUCUCUGACCACGUCGUCCGCUUGUUUCUUGACGUCAGCGGUGUUACUCGCUUGCUAUAUUGUAUCCGAAAAAUCAUACAGGAUGAUCAGAUCCUCUCUUUUCGAAAUGAUGUUUAACGCUUUAGCCUCCUUCUUGUAUUUAAGCUCAGCCUCUUAUUUGGCGUUCUCUACGAAGAUCUUUCUUCUCCCUGACUAUUAUAUUAGACCAGGAUUCGACGUCUAUCCCGCAAUGACUGCGGCUUACAUUAUGAGCGGCUUCGUGGGAGUACUACACGGUGUGGAUGCAUAUUUCUCUUACGUUCAUUAUCGAACCGGAAGAUGAAGAAGAAGAGAUA